CGACUUGUCGUCCAGUCAAAGGGGAGUGUGUGACUUGAUUUGUUAGGAUUGUUGUAAUGAUAUUUUAUGUUUUACUUUUUCAAAGGGUGGAAACGUAGAAAAACACUCCCCCAUGCAACUCCAUUUCUACGAGUUAGGUUCACCUGCCAAAGCCUGUUUGAUGGAAGAGAAGCCAUAAAGCUUCCUUUAUAUAAACCCCACAUGGUAACUCUUUCUUCUUCAUCAAAACAACACAACACUAGUUGGAGAUUUGUUGUAGAUCUUGUGUUGUUCUAGCAAUGGGUGCUUCCAAAUUUAGAGGAGUUUUGAUUCUGAGUUUGGUUGUUCUGUUUUUGGGCAAUGCCAGAGCUCAACUUUCCACUAGUUUUUACUCUUCUUCUUGUCCAAAUCUAUUGUCCACUGUCAAAUCCUCUGUUCAGUCUGCUGUCUCCAGUGAGGCUCGUAUGGGAGCUUCCCUUCUUCGCUUAUUCUUCCAUGACUGUUUUGUCAAUGGCUGCGAUGGGUCGAUUCUAUUAGACGACACGUCGAGCUUCACUGGAGAGAAAAAUGCAAAUCCCAACAGGAACUCUGCUAGAGGCUUUGAUGUCAUUGACAACAUCAAAACCGCUGUCGAGAAUGCUUGCCCCGGAGUUGUUUCGUGUGCGGAUAUUCUCGCCAUUGCCGCUCGUGACUCCGUUGUUCUUCUAGGAGGACCGAGCUGGAACGUAAAGUUGGGAAGAAGAGAUGCGACAACUGCGAGCCAAUCCCAAGCCAACAACGACAUUCCUGGACCAACUUCAAGUUUAAGCCAACUCACCUCCAGAUUUAGCGCCCUUGGACUUUCCAACACCGACUUGGUCGCCCUUUCUGGUGGGCACACGAUUGGACAAGCACGGUGCACGACAUUUCGAGCUCGUGUAUACAACGCAACCAACAUCGACAGUUCAUUUGCGAGCACAAGGCAAGGGAAUUGCCCGAACAGCGCCGGGUCGGGCGACAACAAUCUGGCCCCUCUCGAUCUCCAAACUCCCAAUGGUUUCGACAACAACUACUUCAAGAACCUUCUCCAGAACAGGGGCCUGCUCCAGUCCGAUCAAGUUCUCUUCAACGGCGGAUCUACGGACUCCACGGUCCGAAAUUACGCCAACGCCCCUGCCCGUUUCUUCUCUGACUUUGCUGCAGCCAUGGUUCGGAUGGGAGAUAUCAGCCCUCUCACU